AUGGAAAAUAAGAAAUGGAAUGAAAAAAUAAAGUGGAGAAAAAUUUUGUAUGAAAAACAACCUUUUCCAGACAAUUACAGUGGUGGUGAAGAAUUUCUGAAAGAACUGAGGAAAAACGAAAAUGUAGUGGAAUAUAAAUUACUGGAAGCAGUACGCGGUGCAAGUCGUAUCGUUAUACACGCAGAUGCUGUUGUUAUUUAUCUUUUGAUUUUUUAUCUUCUUUCGAAUUUUCCUUCAUAUUCGAAUGAAAUUUCAAUGAUUAUUUUAUCACUUUCCUUCCCGCUUUAUGGUUUUCAUUUGUAUUUACGGCGAUAUCGAAAUGCUGCACAGAAUGCUGCUGAUCAUUUGCUCACUUUUGCCAUUCUUCUUUCAUUCGGUUAUGGAUUUACACCUAUUAUUCGGUAA